AUGGAGUCAGGAGUGGUGACGAGUUUUGGACAUGGUCAGAUUGGGCAGAGAAGAUUGGAAGGCAUUUUCGAGGACCAGUUCUUUAUUAAUGAAGAUGCGAAUGGUGAUUUGGUGCAUCAAAAGAAUAUACUAAAGGACACCGUUGGCUCGUCUCUCGGUUUCACAGAUUAUCAGCUCAGAUGUAACUACGUCGUCGCUCUAGCUGCGGCUCCCACGUUGAUUGAUCCUCACAAAGCUUGGCGUGCUCUCGAUAUGGCAAAAGAACACCUGUUGGGACCAUUGGGAAUGAAAACCUUAGAUCCGAGCGAUUGGGCUUACAACGGUGAUUAUAACAAUAAUGACGAUGGACUUAAUAAGCAAACGGCCAAGGGAUGGAAUUAUCAUCAAGGACCGGAAUGGCUGUGGGUUGCCGGUACUUACCUUCGAGCACGACUGCUCAUCGGUCGAAUACUGGGUGGAUCUGAGUGGGCCUCAGCUGCGAAGGAAGUCCAGCAAAGACUUGGCAAUUAUUAUAGUCACAUAAGGGAAUCCGCAUGGAGUUCAUUACCUGAACUGACUAACACAAACGGCAGUAUCUGCGGUGGAAGUUGCCCAGCUCAGGCAUGGUCCGUCGGUUGUGUCCUCGAUUCGAGUCUCUGUUUCACGGAUCUGACAAGCGCAUCACAAUGA